ACGGUAUAUAAACUGGUCAGUCGCCCGGGACGUGUAUUGUCAUUUUAUACAGUCUAUGGUGUUGUCAAAACAGACAACUGACGGACUCCUCAAAACACAGAUUAGUAUUCACAACUGCCUUAAAAGACGCGGAUUCGCGUUAUUUUGAUUCUUGUUUUAUUUAUACAUACAGCCCAAGCGUAACACUACUUAUAUUUAAAGACGGUAAAGACUUCAUGUUCUGCCGGGUGACUGAUGACAGUUUACCACUGCAGUGUAGCUCAUCACAAGUCCAGGAUGAAGCGUCCAGUGUUCGGGGUCUGCGCUGUUUUCACAGUCUGGAUUUUGUUUUCGGCGCCGUCGGGUUCCUCAUACCCUCUUGAAGUAGGAACAGAAUCGGCCAAGCUGACUUUCGUGGAGGAGUUUGGUCGGUUUCAGCUCGGGUUCAGCUGGCGCAACAUGUCCUGCGCGGUGUGUAAAGCGAUCUUCGCCACGGUUGACAUCGCGCUGCUGAGUGACUCAAACAUGGAGCGUGUGGCACAUGCUUUGGGAGAGGCCUGUGUUCGUCUGCAUCUGGCCGAGCCGCAAGUAUGCCGAGAAAUCACUGAGCUCUUCCGAGAUGAUUUCAUCCGUGCGCUCCAAGAGUCCUUCCUCUGGCCCUCAGAGGCUUGUGCUCUACUGGUUGGACCUACCUGUGGCCAUUUUGAUAUUUAUGCCCACUGGAAUGUGUCUCUCCCACGGAUCCCCAAACCCCCAGUUAAACCGCCCACUCCUCCCAAACCGGGUUCUCCACAGAGCAGAAUCCUCUUCCUCACGGAUAUCCACUGGGAUGCGCAGUACGCUGAGGGCAGUCUUGUGGACUGUAAGAUGCCACUGUGCUGUCGGAAUGACUCUGGAAGGGCCAGUUGGAAGCACACUGGAGCCGGAUACUGGGGCACGUAUGGCGAGUGUGACCUGCCUCUGCGCACAGUAGAGAACCUUCUCCAAAACGUAGCCAAAUCUGGCCCGUGGGAUUGGGUGUACUGGACAGGAGACAUUCCAGCACACAACGUCUGGUCUCAGACCCGGGCACAGCAGCUGAACGAGCUUGUCACCAUCACUAGACUCAUACACAAACACCUGGGGCCUAAUGUAACCGUUUACCCAGCGGUUGGGAAUCACGAGAGCACACCAGUGAAUAGUUUCCCACCUCCGUUUGUACAUGGCAAUCGGUCGUCCCACUGGCUUUAUGACACAAUGGCAGAGGAGUGGGCAUCCUGGCUGCCAGAGGAAGCCUUGGAGACGAUACGGCAUGGAGGGUUUUACACAGUGGAAGUUCAGCGUGGUUUGAGGGUGGUGUCUUUGAACAUGAACUUCUGUGCACGAGAGAACUACUGGCUGAUGGUGAACUCCACAGACCCGGCGGAUCAGCUACAGUGGCUCAUUCGCAUACUACAAGAGUCAGAGAACAAGGGAGAGAAGGUCCACAUCAUCGGUCACAUCCCCCCGGGACUCUGCCUGAGCAGCUGGAGUUGGAAUUACUAUCAUAUAGUGAACAGAUAUGAAAGCACCAUAACUGGUCAGUUUUUCGGACACACACAUGUCGAUGAGUUUCAGAUGUUCUAUGAUGAAGAUACAUUGACACGUCCACUAAGUGUGGCUUUCAUUGCCCCAAGUGUGACCACUUACGUCAACCUGAACCCAGGAUAUCGCGUGUAUUACGUGGAUGGAAACUACCCAGGCAGCAGUUGGAUGGUUUUGGAUCACGAGACUUUUAUUCUUAACCUGACUCUUGCCAACAACCUGCCCUCAAAGCCUGACCCCAACCCAUCAUGGACCUUACUGUACCGCGCGUCUAAGGCCUACGGUUUGUCCACACUCUUCCCUUCAGACAUGGACGCUUUGAUCAAAGUCAUGAAGAAUGAUGACCAUGUCUUCCAGCGCUUCUGGUACCUCUUUCAUAAAGGCCACGUCUCAAAGCCCUGCACAGACACUUGCAAGACGUCACUAAUCUGCUUCCUGCACAGUGGCCGAUACGACCUUCUAACGCAUUGUGAAGUGCUACACGGAGAUAAACACUCUGUUAGGAAGACGAUGUGUUGAGAAAAUAUGAAACUUGCCAUAGAGGUCUAAUGGGUUUAAUACCACGCCGACGUCACAGACUCUUGAUUCAUUUAGCACUUUCAUUUGAACUUCUUUUUGUAGCAUUUGUUACAUUUGUCCUUGAGAUCAUCAAAAGCUGACUUGCUAUGGACAACGUUGGUAUUAAAAGCCUUAAGGCAUCUAGUCAAGAUAGGGUUAAAAACUCGGCAGUUCUUGUGAAGAUGUGUAAUUUAGAGCAGAGAACCAAAGUAAAGUAUAACUGGUUGAAAGUGGAACAGGUAGUGACUUCACUGAAUCAUGUGGUGUGUUAGUGCCUCAUAAAAACCACAGCUGCUCAAAUGUCUCAGUCCUCAUUCUCAGUUAUGUUGUUGGGUGUGUUUUGCGUCACUUUAGAAGUGUUUUGUGUUAUCAUUUCCUGCAUUGACCUGUAGUUUGCACACUGGAGUCUGUUGAAGGCCAGUUAUAAAAGAUAAUGGUUUAUUAUCGUACACAAUUGAUUUAAUUGGUAAAAAUCAUGAUUUUUAAUUUUUUUUCUCUGUGAACUGUCACACUUUCUGAAAAUGGGUUUGUAAUUAUAGUGGGAUUUUAUGAAUGUUGAAUGGAUUGUCUGAAGGUCUUUAUUAAAUAAAGAAAUAUUUUGCAAGGUGAUUUGUUUGUAGA